AUGGAGGUUGUGGAGGGUCCCGUGCAAAACCUUGAUCAGUUUUUCACCAGGGUCUACGACUACUACCAGCACAAGGGUUUCGGGGCCAUUUUCCUCGCCCGGGCUCUCAAUCUGUGUACACUAGCCUUCGUCAUUCUCUUUCCCACCUUCUUGGUCACCUACGUCGACUACCACACGCUCUUCUCCACCAACGACCUCGGCCAGGCUCUGCUUCCUCUCGAGCUGAGCAGACUGCACCCGUUCGUGGCGGUGUGCUUGGCGCUCUUCCUGCUGUUCUGGCUGCUGCAGUUCUUCCAGUUCCUGAGCGAGGUCAGAGACAAGCGGGAGAUCAAGCGCUUCUACAACCAGGCCCUGCGGAUCAACGACGACAAGAUACAGACGAUGGAGUGGCACGAAGUCGUGGACCGGCUCACCAAAGUCGCGGCCAACCGCCGGCUGGUGAUCGUCAAGGACGAGCUCACACCACUCGACGUGGUCCAGCGCAUCAUGCGAAGGCAGAACUACAUGAUCGCGCUGGUCAACCAGGGCAUCGUCUCCUUCUCUAUCCGGCUGCCGUUUCUGGGCCUGUGCUCCUUCUGGAGCAAGACGCUCGAGUGGUGGUACUUGAACCCGCCCAACAUGAACCUCUUUGUGGCACGUCAUUCCCUGUCGUUUGUACUCGGCUACACCGUGUUUGGAGCUCAUUCGGUGCGCAAGAAGAUCCUGCAGCCCGAGAACUUGGAGCUGCACCUGCGCGUGUUCGCCGUGGCCGGCUUCUUCUUGACGCCCUUUGUGCUCAUCUUCCUUACCAUGUAUUUCUUCUUGCGGUAUGGCGAAGAGCUCCGCAAUCGGCCCUCCUUCACCCUGGCGGCCCGAAACUGGAGCCGGUCCGCUCGCUGGCGGCUCUGGGAGUACAACGAGCUGCCGCACAUGCUGCACGAGCGCCUGUCCAAGGCGUCCGACGCCGCGGAGAAGUACCUGUCGCACUUCCAGCCCUACUCCGUAACGCUGAUCGCGCGCUUCAUCCGAUUCGUCGCCGGCGCGUUUGUUGCCGUGCUCAUCCUCAUGGCCCUGCUCGACGAGGACACCCUCCUCACGUCCCACGUCGUAGGGCGAUCGCUCGUCUGGUGGCUGGGCGUGUUGGGCACCAUUGUCGCCCUCUCGCGCGCACAUAUCCCCGACGAACGACAAGCCUUCGCUCCCGCUCCCGAUCUCGAUACACUUGUUACGUUGACGCACCACAAGCCCGACAGCUGGGUGGGAAGCGAGAACACAUGGGAAGUCCGGGACGAGGUGGCCGAGCUCUACGAAUUUAAGGCCACGUCGUUGCUGCGGGAGCUGGCCGCCAUACUCGUGGGGCCCUUCAUCCUCUUCUUCUCCACCGCUUCUCGCCAGUCCACCCUUGCCAUCAUCCAGUUCUUCCAGAAGUGCACCGAUAACGUCGAGGGCGUAGGCUACGUGUGCUCGUUUGGCAACCUCGACAGCGCCCUGGACAAGCUGGGCGAUCCCGAGUGGGGCAGCGGCAUCGACGCGGAGUCGCCGCUCGACAAGGGCAAGGAGAAGGACGAGGGGGCGCCGAGUGCAGCGGGCAUCGAGAGUGAGGGAGAGGAGGAGCAGCAGCAGCACCCGCAUGACUUUGAGGAGGAGGUCCGGGCCGCCACGCGCAGCUCACGCAACGGAAAGAUGGAGAAAUCGCUCCUCAAUUUUGUCGAACACUACCCGACGUGGCAACCAGCGCGACCAGGCCAACGUCUGCUGGACAACCUCUCACGCCACUUGAACACAUCGAGCCGAUUCGGGUCCUCGAACGAGAUGGGACAGAGCCAGGGCUUGUUCGGGCGCAACUGGGCGCAGGGCGGGCUGGGCGCCUCCACGGCCGCACCCUGGGGCUCGUCGGGCAACUGGGCCAUGGGCAGCUCGUGGGCGCAGUUCGCGGAACGAAACAUGCAGCCGCCCAUCGCGCCCUGGGCCUCGUCUCUCCUCUCCGUCCAGCAGAGUUUCCACGAGCAGGCGGUGAUGAGCAAGCCGCUCGUGCCGCAGCGCAGGAAGCGACAGGACGGCGAUCGCAGCUUUGAGAUGCACGCCCUCUGA